GUUGACACGACCGACUGAGGGCUCUACUGUAUGACUUUCUUAGACAACAUAAAGAUAAAGAGAGUACUAGCGCCCCCUGCUCCAAAGUGAUCUUCCCGAUUAUCCGGAUGCGAUAAGUAGAGAUUUGUGGACGGCCGAGAAGAUGGCUGAACUGCGACACGACAACCAGCGGCGUUCAAAAAAAUCGAAAAGAGCCGAGAUGAUGUCGAGGUGUGUGAUGCAUCUCCGCGAUUGAACCGCAUCGUCCGCGACGGAGCUGCCGCAGCUUCGGUUGGAAGCACAGGCAAAAGCAGCACACCACGAUUGAUAGAUUUUUCUUACUUGCAGUCGCGGAGUAGAAGCCAAGAAGAAGAAAGAUCAUCAUGACCACCACAUCAGACCGGGGGAGCGAACUUCUACCAGCGGGCAACGUGAGCUGCACCACAGAGGUGGAUGGCAUUCCCUUCUCCAAGCUAUCCAUGGCGCUCGGGAAGGUUGGCAGGCCGGGAAAAUCGGUCAUGCAGCAACCCAGGUAUCGAUAUUAAUAUCAUGACUUGCAACCUCUAAAACAAAGCGACAUCGGAAACUAUCCUCGUUCGGGAACGAGGCGCACAUACCCCGGAUUUUUUCAAAAAGUGAGAACGCGGCGAGUUUUCGUGUGGGCUCUCUUUCGUUCCGGAACGAGAAACGCUGUGAGAAUUCACUGAAUUGCCACUCCAGGACUUUUCAGAGAGUGAGAACGCAGUGAAUUCUUGCGCGGCUUCUCGUUCCGGAACGAGAAAUGGAGUGAGAAUUUACUGAAUUCUCACUCCAGGAUUUUUCAAAAAGUGAGAACUCAAUGAGUUCUCACUUGGUUUUCGUUCCGGAACGAGAAAUGGAGUGAGUAGAAUUCACUGAAUUCUCAAUCCCGGAAAAUUCGCGAUCCAAAAGUGAUUUUUUUCAAAAAGUGAAAACUCACUGAAUUUUCACUCGAUUUCUCGUUCCGGAACGAGAAGCCGAGUGAAAAUUCAGUGAAUUUUCACUUUUUGAAAAAAAUCAUUUUUGGAUCACGAAUGUUCCUGGAGAGAGACUUGAGCUCGCAGAGUGAAAAUUUUCAAAAAGUGAAAAUUCAGUGAAUUUUCACUCGAUUUCUCGUUCCGAAACGAGAAAUCGAGUGAAAAUUCAGUCCAUGGCGCUCGGGAAGGUUGGCAGGCCGGGAAAAUCGGUCAUGCAGCAGCCCAGGUAAGUUGUAUAUGUUAUGAUGUGAAGAAGAUGAAGAGCAGGAAUCACUUUCACAUUGUACUUAUCUCAAUUUUUUUUGGUGUUGGCGGUGUAGAUAGUAGGUUUUUCCGUCGUAGUGUCCAUUACCGUCCUGUCCGUCUACUACUAGGAUAAAUCGCCGCGGACAGACGUCCUUCCAUCCUAAAUACCUGAAGUUCUAUUUUUCAACAGAUCACUGGAGCGCGCUUUGGUCGCGAAGUGGUGGGGCCCGAUUUCCGAGCGACUGGCGAACGAACAGGACAUAUGAAAGUGCGCAAUUCAGUGUGGUUUUUCUGCCCCUCAUUUUUCAGCGCAAAUCCAAAUGCAAACACGACCAAAUGCUGCACUCUCUUGCUCUGCAUUUUAGAAGCACGACUGUUUGCGUCACAACAGACCCGCCUUAACAGUAGCGCAAUCCUUACCGCGCGGAUAAUUACUCAUCUAGCAGGUCGUGCGUUUGAGUAUCUCACAGAAAACAAAGUAAAAUAAGACAGGCAGGGCGUAUUUGGAUUAAAGGCAGAAAACAAGUUAAGCAAAAAAAAAUAUGUCAUGGACGAGUUGUCCAUAGCAUGUAUUGCUCCUGCUGGUGCGCAGUAGACUUCUCAAAUGAGGGGGACGAGGAGUUCGUGUUGCGCCUAAUUCUCAUACGACACCGUGGAAGACCAGAAUGAGAUCGAGGAAGAGGAGAUCGUGAAGCUCUCGGGCGAGCUCAUCAUCCUCGAGCAGGAAAUGACGACGUUUUGUGGCCGGCUGGAGACGGAGCUGCAGUUGUUGAAGGACCUGGAGUAUCCUGUGCUGCAAAAGCAUCGUACUCAUUCAACUAGUCGCAAUCUUUCAUGAAAGAUGUCCUUCGUCAUCGUAUAUCUUUUUCUUGUUUUCCACCAGCAUUACAAAAAGUUUCUAUAUCGGAUGGCAAGUACUACGAGGACGUAGUACGAUACUUUUGCCACGUAUAAAGAGCUGCAAAGGAUUGACUUGGCCCUGUACAUUCAGAAAACGCAGGCCCACUCGGCCAUCUGGUUCCAGUCUGUGGCGACCGAUAUGAUCCACAGUGAAUUUACCCUAGUACACGUACAAAUUAAGUAGUGCAGCUUCUGCAUGACAAACUUUGGCUUCGAUCUUAGAUAGCAUGGCAAGCUGCUGUAGCUGCAACACUGUAAAUUGAUGAAUUAUAAUUUGUGAUGCAUUUUACUACACGUACACGUGAACGUGUGCAGGAAUUUUGUAUUCCAUAACCGAGCUGGACACGCACCGAAACGUCUUGAAGGCAAGCAGCGUUGAUAGAAAAGCCGGCACUGGCAGCGCCAACAAUUAUUACACGACCCUCGGCGGGCCUCCAUUUCCCCCCGGGAACAAUCGGCUGCAAGGAGGGAGCGGGCGUCGCGGUAAUGCCGGCGGAAGUGCUGGAAGCGGUGGAAACAGGAGGGGCAGGAAUGGUGUGGACGCAGUUAAGGUAAGUACUAAAAGUAAAAGAAAAAGUAGUUUUUGGUAAGCUCCUCCUGCAUGCGCCUUGUAAUAUGCUUGGAAGAACUCCAUGAACAGCAGCAAGUAGACAACUCGAUACGAUGGAUAUAUUGAAUUUAAAUAAAGAUAAACCUAUCUUUUAUACGUACUUCUGUCUUUCAGCAUCGCGGUCCGUACCUGGUCACUGCGGAGGCACUGGCACCAAGACAAACUGGCGAUCGCGAGACGGACGCGAACACGUAUCGGAAUCGAGCGUCAUCGGCCGUCGGGGAGGAGGUGCGCCGGAUGAGCGUCGGCCAGGUAUAGCCUGUGAUGUCUGAACUGAAGUAAGUAUCAAGAACACUGUGGCAACAAUUUUUUGUUUGUUUGUGCGUUACACACUACUUUAGCUGCCGUGAGAAGCACAGAUUUUGACUUCGAAAGGCGAAAAUACUUUUUCUGAAAUCUCACCCCACGACAACCAGGUGAACCGCGCCAGCAUGCCUGCGGCGACACUCGAUUGCGGUAGUCGCGCGCUGGCACUCACCACGUUUGCGCGCCGGAGUUCUCUGCGACGGCAGUCCCGACAGGAGCAACAGAGCGGCAGGCGCGACUCCGCGUCGACGUCCAGGCCGCUCUCCUCUGCCUCGCGGAGCAGCGUCCAAUCCACGCCCAGCACACAGUCCAAAAGUGCGGGCAGGCAAGAUCAAGAAGUUCUUGCAGAGGCCUCUGCUGGAGGUGAAACGACUGAUCGAGAAGAACACGGUGUCGCUCCUUUUGGAGGAACUGCAGGUAGAGCAGAGCCGAUUAGUGACAGUUCGACGGAGAACAAGCAGCCUGGUAGCCCUUCAACCUCCCCCGCGGCAAGCGCAAUUGAUCCACCUCUUGAUCAAGACAAAGUGAAAGUAACGGGCGAACUCAUGCAGAUGGAUCAAAGCACGAGAACUAGUGGUAUUAAGCACAACCCGGAGCCGGACCGCGUUGAUAAGAACUUCUCCCAGCAACAGCCAGCAGUUAAUACGGUGAAAAGGUCUAUUCUGAAGAACAGCACCACGAGGGACAACUUCUUUGUUGGAGCCGGCGGUGCCGCGCCACCGGCCGCCUCGUCGCAGUCGCUCGGCGCGCGGUUUCGGGGCGCGCGCGUGUCUGUGGUGGACGAGUUUUCGGGCAAAAAUGACGCGGAAGGUAUGUUCUUCGGUACGUCGCAACAUGGUGGUGUGGGCGGCGAAAACGGCUUUUCUACUAGUACAACUCGCAGUGCUCCUCCGGCUGGGACAUCAAACCAGAACAAGCACACGGUCGAUGUAGCCGACGUAGACUUCCUGGUCGAGGACCCGAUGGACCACGGGCAGGGUCGCAGUGAAAACACGACAGCACGCGACCAGCUUGUUCCCAGCAGACCAAUUACGUUGCUGACCUCUAGCGGUCAGGAACAUGAGGACGAAUUGGAAGAAGUUAUCCCCUCGUUCUCGCCGCACCUGCCAAUCAAGAACGUGUUUCGCACGGCCGAGGAAGCGAGGCUGGCCGCGGAAGAAACCGAGUCGCUGCGGUUACGCCAGUUUGAGGAGUCCGUACUGAAAACCACCGCGGCGCGAGUAAAAACCCAGAACUUGUUUAUGAGAUUGCACAACUCGACGUCGAACUCCCCCACGACUGCGCCCUCAUUACUAUCUAAACUGCAGCAGCUGGUCAAAAAUGCAUGCGAGGGGUAUGUUCGGGGGUAUGUUCGGGGGUGUGUCAGGGGUAUGCAAAUGGCAGUCAAUCACGACCUGAGUACACAUUUUUGGCGAAAAAGCAGAAGGUGGGGUAUAAACAUACCCCAGACACACCCCAGACACACCCCAGACACACCCCAGACAUACCCCAGACAGACCCCCGAACACACCCCAGGCAAAAAGUCCGAACAUACCCCAGACACACCCCGGACACACCCCGGGCAGACUUUCGGACACACCCCGGGCAGACUUUCGGACACACCCCGGCCAAGCUUUCGGAUUACUAUUUAAACUGCAGCAACUGCCCAAAAAUGUCCAUUUGGGGGGUGUUCCGGGGUAUGUUCCGACCCCUGUUCCGGGGUAUCAGUCACGACCUGAAUCGGCAAAAACGUCCUGCACUCCCCAAAACAUACCCCACACCGGACUCCGGAAAAGCGACGUCCGACCCCGGACCUCACUUUUCGAGAGUCGGGUCCGACCCCGAGCCUGACUGUCGGAAAGUGGCUCCCGGGGUAUGGUCUAUGGUAUGUCUCGGGGUGUGUUCUGGGGUAUGUUUCGGGGUGUGUUCUGGGGUAUGUUUCGGGGUGUGUUCUGGGGUAUCAAAUACGACCUGAAUUGGCAAAAAACCUCCUGCACAACUCAAAACGCGCCCCCCGACUGACUUCGGAAAAGAAACACCCGACCCCGGGCGCCACUUUUCAAGAGUGAGGCCCGACCCCGGGGGCCGAAGGUUGGUUGCCUAUUCAUUGGGCGGGGCGCCCCGCCAAGGGGCGCAGAAACAGGUCCGCGCGCCCGGGUUUGGGAGAACAGGGGCAAGGAAGGACGCGUCCUCCCUUGGUCGUGACUAGUCCUUUGGGGGGGCGCCCCGCCCAGGGGCGCAGAAACAGGUCCGCGCGCCCUGGUUCGGCGGGACAGGCGCAAGGAAGGCCACGCCCUCGGUUGGUCCGUCUUGGGUAAUCCUUUGGGGGGGGCGCCCCGCCCAGGGGCGCAGAAACAGGUCCGCGCGCCCUGGUUCGGGAGAACAGCCCCCGGGAAGGCCGCGUCCUACCUUGGUCGUGGGUAGUCCUUUGAGGGGGGGCGCCCCGCCAAGGGGCGCAGAAACAGGUCCGCGCGCCCGGGUUUGGGAGAACAGGGGCAAGGAAGGGCGUGUCCUCCCUUGGUCGUGACUAGUCCUUUGGGGGGGGCGCCCCGCCCAGGGGCGCAGAAACAGGUCCGCGCGCCCUGGUUCGGGCGGACAGCCUCCAGGAAGUCCGCGCCCUCGGUUGGUCGUGGGUAGUCCUUUGGGGGGGGCGCCCCGCCCGGGGGUGCAGGCAGAAACGGGUCGGUCCGCGCGCCCUGGUUCGGGAGGACAGCCUCCAGGAAGUCCGCGCCCUCGGUUGGUCGGCAGUAGUCCUAUGGGGGGGGCGCCCCGCCCAGGGGCGCAGGAACAGGUCCGCGCGCCUUGGUUCGGGAGAACAGCCCCCAGGAAGGCCGCGCCCUCGGUUGGCCGUGGGGAGUCCUUUGGGGGGGGGGCGCCCCGCCGAGGGGGGCAGAAAAGGGCGCACUUUUCCAGGGGGGGCGCCGGCUCCACGGGCGGCAGGGCCAUCCCGUUCUGUCGCAAAAAAAAUAAAAAUCCUGCCGCAUCAUGGGCAAGAAAAGCCACCGCGGGUGGCUCUUCUUCGCUGCAAGGUCGCAGCGCGGGGACUCUGUCCCCGCGCCAUGACCUUGUUUGUCAUGCUGCAAAAAGUCAAGUUCACCCGUUGUUCCCUCCAGUAGACACACUGUUUUCAUGACACGCUCCGUCGACACCCAAAAGCACUUCUACUUUAUUGCCAUGCAAAAAGCUGCACUCUUGGUUGCCGACGUGCCUGUUGCAGUUCAGACAUCACAAAUGAGGGGGACCACAAGGGGGAGUUCUUGUGCACUCUUAUACUCUUGACGGAAGAGCAAGAAACGCUGCAAGUGGCGCUGAAGGAGAUGGACAAACUGAUCGCGAGCGCAUCGAAGACGCUUGUGCGGCUGCGAGAGAUCCGAGACGUGUUUCAGGUGUGCAUCCGCGAUAUGCAUCGGAAAAAGUUGUUGUAGUAAGUGGAAGUUGUACAUUCAUAAUAUCGUGCCGUGACGCUUGCAUUGCAUUUGCAAGAAUUGCACAUGGAUCAUCAUUUUCCCGUGACACAACAACUUUUUGGCGGCAUUCGUGAGAAGAAACGCAAAAUCAAGGCCAGGGAGCAGGCGCUGGAGUCGCGAAGACGGAUUUACCAACCCCAAGUGGCGCAAAACCCGACGAGUGCGUUGAUCGCGGCGUGAGUUUAAAUUGUUUACAGGUCUUAAUGACGCAGCAGCGUCUUAUUUCUCGUUUCUUUGUGUCUACGAGGUCUGUUUCGUGGAUUCAUUUGAUUAUUCAUCCCAGGUACUAGCAAUGAUAACCGACAAGAAACACGGACGUGCUGAUGCUGAACAAGUGUAGAAUUGUGUCACGUCAAAAUCAAAUACAGUUUAAUACAAGAGAGGUGCGCUUCUAGCGACCACAUCACAUUCACACAUUCUAUGUACUAAAUCUAUCAAAGCCGUCAGAGGGCAGUAGAACGCAGUUAUAAUGAUGAAUGAUGUUACAUACUAAAAUUUUGCAUGAGUGUACCUGUACUGCUAUCUUGAGCUUACACACGGGCUGAUUGUAUAAAUAUCCAGCGCCAGCAGGUGCGUGCUGCAAAAGCAAUAGAAGGCGCAUUAUGGAAACGCUGAGUCAACACACCUGUCACUCGCACUCCGAAAAAAUACAAAGCCAUGAGACGAUUCAACACAGUACGAAAAUUAACGAAAAUCAAAAUUGGUAAGACGUAGCAGCAGAU